AUGGGCAAGCGCGUCAGCCACAAUGAAGGCGCUGAUCGGCGGCCAAAGAAGAAGGCAAAGAAUGAGAAGCCCGAAAAAGAAACCAUGGAAUCUCCUGCGGCAGAUGUGACAGUUGAUUUUGGCUCGAAAUCAGACGCUACAUAUGUCCAGUCGCAAGUUUUGAGCGAUAUGCCUCAAUCAGAGAUAGAUCAAUUCCUCGCGACACAUUCCAUCAAGGUUACCGACACAUCAGAUGCCCCGGCUGUUCGCCCAAUCAUCUCGUUCUCUCAUCUUCCUAGCUGUGAUAGCAAGCUCUAUUCUUCGCUGAGCUCCUUCGCCUCGCCUACACCUAUUCAGUCUGCAACUUGGCCACUAUUAUUUGCUGGCCGCGAUGUCAUAGGCAUUGCAGAGACUGGAAGUGGGAAGACUCUAGCGUUUGGCUUACCUUGUCUCAAAAAGAUCUUGGAUUCGGGGAAAAUCAAGUUUAAGAAUGCCCGGCCUGCAGCGGUGAUAAUCUCACCAACCAGAGAGCUUGCGAUGCAAAUUUACGAUCAAAUCUCGAAAUACGCAGGAUCUAUUGGCAUCAAAGCAACUUGUAUAUUUGGGGGUGUAAAAAAAGACGAGCAGCGAGAGGCUUUGAAGAGUGCAGCUAUUGUCGUUGCCACACCUGGUAGGCUGAAAGAUCUGCAGAACGAUGGUUCUGUGGACUUGGGAAAAGUCAAGUACCUAGUCUUAGACGAGGCAGAUCGGAUGCUGGAUAAGGGAUUCGAGCAGGAUAUAAAAGAUAUCAUUAGCUCCACUCCAGACUCAAAGCGCCAGACCGUGAUGUUCACUGCAACUUGGCCUCCUAGUGUCAGAGAUCUAGCAGCCACCUUCAUGACCUCAGCUGUGACCGUCACCAUUGGCGGAGACCCUUCGGCCGACCCGCGUGCUAAUACAAGGAUCAAACAAACGGUCGAAGUCGUCCAGUCGCAUGACAAAGAAUACAGGCUUGUGCAGUUACUCAGUGAAAAUCAGAGAGGGGCUGCAGCGCUUGACAAGGUUUUGGUAUUUUGUUUAUACAAGAAGGAGGCAAUGCGUGUUGAGAGGCUCCUUCGGAACAAGAACUUCAAAGUUGCAGGUAUCCAUGGCGAUUUGAAUCAGCACGAAAGAUUCAAAAGUUUGGAUGCGUUUAAAUCAGGGGCUGCUACCGUGCUAGUUGCAACUGAUGUCGCGGCACGUGGUCUCGACAUACCAUCUGUCAAGUUGGUCAUCAACGUCACUUUCCCUUUGACGGUCGAGGAUUAUGUACAUCGUAUUGGACGAACUGGACGUGCUGGAGCCGAAGGUCGCGCCAUUACCCUGUUCACCGAAACUGAUAAAGCUCAGUCUGGCGCAUUGAUCAAUGUUCUGAAAGCUGCGAAACAAGAGGUGCCUCAAGAAUUGCUUAAAUUCGGAACAACGGUAAAAAAGAAGCAGCACGGUGCUUACGGCGCGUUCUUCAAAGAAGCUGACUCUGGAAAAUCGGCGACAAAAAUUGUUUUUGAUGAUUAG